CAAUUGAUUCUCGGAGUGACUGCUGUCACACACGGCCAUCCCUGUGCACUCUACGGGGCCCUCCUGCAGGCCCAUGCCAUUCGCCGCGUUUUCGAAAUUGCCAUGACCGCAGACACAGCCCAGAUAGAUGCUUCUAGUUUAAUCGACCACCUUCAGACCGUCCUGGAGACUGCAGACAUCGUGGAGUACAGUGCUGGAAAGGCCAAUGCUGCCACACGCAUAGCUGAGGCCCUACGACUGGUCCUUUCUAAAUUGAAUACAAUUCGAGGCUUCCUCGGUCAGCAGAAUCCGCCGUCUGUCGAAGAGGUUGUCCAACAACUUGGACAUGGUGAGCCCGCAAUGGAGGCGAUUCCCACUGCUCUUUAUGUAUUUCUGCGCUCACUGAAACCGUCUCCGGAGAUCGACUUCGAGUCACUACCCCUGAGAUGUGCGGCCUAUGCGGUGAGCCUGGGCUAUGACACGGACACAAUCGCUACCAUGGCCUGUGCCAUUGCUGGGGCCUUCACUGGUGCUGACGUGAUUUUCGAUGCGUCUUCAAGUGGAACAGUACAUUUUCCGACGAGAAUAAUGACGGUAUGUGAGGGUCUCCAGCGCGUCAACGGCUACGCUGAAUGGCUUUUCAAACACUACGAGGAGCCCAGUGCCGACAGCCACUAA